UCUUCUCCGUAUUCCUCCCAUCAUUCGUGUCGGUGUCGGGGUUUCCAGCGCGAGAAAAAUCCACCAGGCAUUUUGCACUCAUUUUUGUGCCCGAGAUAAAAGCAGGGUUGCCGGUUGUGUGCCGUACGGGAAGUGAAUCUUGCACAGUUUGUUGCGCUGCGUAUUCCGAUCGAACCAUGGCCGAUUUGGAUGAUUUUUUCGCAAAGAAAGACAAAAAGAAGGGAAAGGCGAAAAAGUUUGGCACCGCCGAGGAGAUAGCCAAGAAGCUAGAUGACACGUCGAAGAAGGUCGUCGAAAGUAAGAUGAAGAUGAAACCCAUCGAUCUGACCGACGGAAGGCACGAGGCGCACGAUCAUGAUGACGAAUGGAGGGUGGUGGAGGAGACGAAGAAGGAUUACAGUGGACUGAAACUGGCACAGCUAUCGAUAGACGAUGAGGGUAAUCAGAUCGAUUCGGAAAAUGCUGGCGAUAUGAACGAUGGGAACUACGACGCCAGGGGCAGGGAAGGUGAGGACCGCGAUCUGACCAAACCGUGGAACAAAGUGGACGCAAAUGCGGCGGCCAAAGAGAAGAUCGUUGCUCCGGAACCGGCCGCUACCACAAGCAAUAUCUACAUCAGUCCAGCUAUGAAAAAUCUGAUGGCAAAACAAAAACAAAAGAAAGGAAUCGCACCGGAUCUGCAGAGCGAGGAGUAUUUCCCCACCCUAGGCCAGGAAAAGCCGGCCGAUGCGCCGAAACAGCCGAAACCGGACCCCACGUUCGAGGAGGUAAAGCACGGCAUGCGAGCGAAACCGGUCGAACAGUCCGCCACUAGCCAGAUCAGCAUCGGUAACCGGUACAACACGCUGAACAACGAUGCGAGCUAGGGGACAACGUGCCAGAAUCGCUCAGUAUAUCGUUUUACCUUCUUAUACUACUACUGCUACAGCUACUACAGAGCUACUACUACUGCAUCCAUGAUGCGGCUACUUCGUUUUUGUACUCUCUGUUAACAGCAUUUUUGGUGCCUUCGGUCAUUUCGUUUGUUGCCCUGGGGUUUUUUUUGGCCGUAGUCUGUGCUGGAUUUUUGUUCUAUUUUUUUUUCUUUCCCUCCGUUUUUGUUAUACUUCUGCCUCCUGACCAGUUAAGUAAGGCACACAUAAACACCCAUCGUGAUGCGCGCGCAAUGUGACAGAUAACAUGAUAAUGAAUUGGAAUUAUCCUUCAAAACAAACACACACACACACAAAACACACAGUGAUUUCCUGGUGCGUUGGUUUUGGUUUACCAAUACGCCGUACUACUACUACUACUACUACUGCCCAAGAUUGUAUAAUAGCAACAUAAAGUAAAGUCAAAACUGAACCUCGAAAUGGCUUAAAUACACAGACAGGAACACAAUACACUCUGGUACAUAUGGAAAAGAUA